CUAGCCUAGCAGCUUGGUCAGUGCAGUGUCGACAGAGCCCCAAACUAUCACUGUUACUUCAGUAACGACGAGAGCAACCUGCCAUGCUGCUGAAUACGUUCCCUGGUCUUGUAGAUUGACGCGGCGGCAAGUCGCCAUGAUCCUAAUUCUAAUGGGCGUGUGUGGGUGCGGAAAGUCAUCGGUCGGACAGGCACUGGCGAAAGAUCUCGAAUGUAGCUUUGUGGAUGCAGAUGAUCUUCAUCCAGAGACGAACAAAGACAAGAUGAGCAGAGGAGUGCCAUUAACCGAUGACGAUCGACUUCCAUGGUUACGAGCAGUGAACAGGGAGAUGAAUCGGUUGCACACACCGGGCUCGUCUGUUGUAGUCGCCUGCUCCGCACUCAAGGCCAGUUAUCGCCAUAUUUUAGUGAGUAACCUUGAUCAGGAUGACAGCCACACACGCAGCCACAGCGGGGUGCAGCAGGAUUCUGAAACCAUUAGCGUGUCUUCAGAUAUCUGUUUCGUACACCUUGACGGCUCGUUUGAGCUGAUCGCAUCCCGUAUGUCCACGCGCCACGAUCACUUCAUGCCGACGUCUCUACUACAGUCUCAGUUUGCUGCUCUGGAGAGACCGACACACCCGGAGAGGUUCAUCACUGUGGAUGUUUCCCCUGGCGUGGACGAAACUGUGAGAAGUAUUCGAUCGCAGUUGCGCGCCCUGGCACAUGCUCAAGCAGUGCUCUGACGUAUCCAGUAUGAUGCCUAUUGAUGGUCUGUCGCACGACAGUAGUUACGGUGAGACCAGCGCUUCUGCUAUAGCCGCCAAGUCUGCCAAUGGCUCUACCACCACCAGCAGCAGCACCAACAGAAGCUGUGGUUUCAGUGCCACCAGCAGUAGCAGCACCAGUAACAAUGCCUGG